CGAUAAAGGCACUGCUAGUGUCGAAAUAUACGACCUAGCCUUCGAAGAGGUUACUUUAAGAGGUUAAAGUCUAAGAGAUGCAGCAUCUUCUUACAAUCUAAACUACAUGUCUUUGUCAAGAUAUAUUAAGAAGAAAGAGGCUUAUCAAGCAACCCAGUAGGGGAUGCUUCAUCUAUGGGCUAUACCAGUCCAACAGUUUUUACAGAAGACGAAGAGAAUAUAUUAAGCUAAUAUUUGCUUAUAUGUGCAGCAUCUAAUUAUGGGUUAACAAGAAAAGAAACUCGAGUUAUUGCAUUUCAGUUAGCCAAAAAAUAUAAUAAAAAAAUUCCAAAGUCUUGGGAAGAAAAUGAAAAGGCAGGAGAAGUGUGGCUCAGGCUAUUUAUGCAACGGCAUCGUAAUUUAUCUUUAAGAUUGCCUCAACCUCCUAGCAUAGCCCGCGCUACAAGCUUUAAUAAAACAAAUGUGACCACUUUUUUUAAUAAUUACACAGAUGUUUUAGGCAAAUAUAAACUUUACGCAAAAGACAUUUGGAAUGUCGACGAGACUGGGAUAACUACCGUCCAAAAACCUGAUAGAAUAAUUGCGCGACGCGGAGAAAAACAGGUCAGUGCCAUGACAUCAGCAGAAAGGGGAACAUUGGUCACACUAGCUUUAGCUGGAAAUGCAAUUGGUAAUUACAUACCACCUAUGUUCAUUUUUCCACGUAAACGAUUCCAAGAGCAUUUUAUACGGGACGGCCCGACCGGUUCAGUCGGUACAGCUAAUGGGUCAGGGGGCUUACUCUUGAUUUCAAUUCCGAUCGGUCGACAUUGGAAUUGUGACGUUUCGCACUCUUGAGUUCGAUGCUAGCGCCACAUUGGUUUGAAAUUGCGUGUUCAUUAUGGGGAACUAAUUGAAAUCGGAUUGGGCGCUAAACGGUACUCUUGAGUUUAUUUUGACAGCUGCUUAUUGCGCCAAUAUUACGGUGGGAUUGAUUGUUGAUUGUGAUUUUUCCAAUUACUAAAGAGUAACUUUUAAGAAAUUGUUUUGUGUUUUACGUGGUUUUCUUUCGAUAAAAAGUGUUUAAUAUGGCACGAUUAGCGGUAAUGUACAGUGUUUCGUUAAAUUCCCAUAAAAAACAACUGAAACAAAGACGAGAUGAGCGUCGGAUGAUGCGUUAUACGGAGAAAGCGUUUUCGAUGAAUGAAAACGAGUUUAAAGCCAAUUAUAGGGUGAGCAAGGAUUUGUUUCACGAAAUAUUCGAAAACAUAAAGCCUUUUAUGCAAUCCCCUAAGAGAAGAAGUGAUUUAUUACCAAAAUAUAAGGUUUUAGUGGCAUUGUCCUUUUAUGCUACUGGGAGUUACCAAAGGCUAGUUGGAGGCAGUUAUGGGACCCUAAUGAGUCAGCAAUCUACUUCUCGUUCUAUUCGAGAGGUAACAGCAGCUCUUAACCAUCCCUUAAUACAAAGGAAAUGGAUCAAGUUUCCUCAAACUCGUCGUGAAAGAGAUGCUGUAAAACUGAGAUUUUUUGAAAAAUUCAGUAUACCAUCUGUUAUAGGAUGCAUUGAUGGCACUCAUAUAGCCAUAAUUAGACCAUCAGAAAAUGAAGAGAGAUUUUUUAAUCGCAAACAUUUUCAUUCAAGAAAUGUUAUGAUUGUUAGUCAAUAUUUUUGGUUAUUACUGAAUUGUAAUUCAUUGCUUAUGAAAUUAGUUAAAUAUCUUUGUUUUAUAUAUUUUCAGAUAGCUGAUUCAGACUUAAGAAUACUGUCAGUAGACGCUUCAUUUGGAGGAGCAUCACAUGAUAGUUUCGUCUGGAAUCAGCAUCCUGUGAAACAACAUUUAAUUGAAUUAAAUAAUAAUGGGGAAACUGUAUUUUUACUAGGUGAUUCCGGGUAUGCCCAGAGGGAAUACAUGAUGACACCUAUAGUAGAUGCUCAUCAAGGGUCCCCUGAGGAAUAUUACACCAAGUUACACUGCGAAAUGUUUUAGUUCAGCAGUUGUGGGCAAGCAGAAGGUAGCCUAAAACUUUAUAAGGUUCUCAUCGUACCUUAUAAAGGUGAAGUGGUAGAAAGCUAAGUAGGUAGGUUUAUAAUAUAUUAUUAUAGGUGUAAAAGCAUUGUUUCAAACUAUUUUUGCAUGGUAGUAUUAAAAUAACAUAA